CUAACACCCCGCUUGCAAAAUAUCGUCCAGCCAGGGUCUGCAGCUAGGUACCGAGCAGCUCGUUGUACAAAUAAGCUGUCUGCCCGUCUUGAGCUUCGUCCGACCAUCGACCUUGUCCAAUUGAGCUUUUACGAAGCUGGUCGCAUACGAAAUGGCUCGAUACAUCAGCGUUGCCGCGGCUUUGGCUGCUACCGGCGCCUGUGCCUUUACGCCUGAAGGGCUUCUCAGCACCGUCCGACGUGGCGUCGCUGACGCCAGUCCCGAUGGCUCUGUCGCUCUGUUCUCGUACUCCCAGUAUUCCUUCGAGGAGCACGGAAGCGCGGGCUCUGGCAUGAACCUCAUCGAUCUUAAGACCGGCGAGAUCACCGAGUCGGGCCUCAACGCCAGCGAGAUCAACGAGGUCGCCUGGAUCCCCGGUAGCGAGACCGGUAUCAUCUACAUCAAUGGCACCAACGAGGAGGUUCCCGGUGGUGUUACCCUGUGGGUUGGCGACAUCAAACAGCCCAGCAUGAGCAAGAUGGUCGCUUCUUUGGAUGCGCCAUACUCCGGUCUCAAGGUCGCAAACACCUCGACCGGAGACAUGCAUUUCAUCGUAAACUGCAUGGCUUACCCCAAUGGUACUGCCGUCAAUCCCGAGACCGAAGUUACGCCAGUGACGACUGCCCGAUACUACUCGGACAAUUACGUCCGCCACUGGGACACCUGGCUGACCAAGAACCGCUACAACCUCUUCGCCGGAGCUCUCUCGGCGAACAACAGCUAUGCGCUGUCCGGCGCUGGCAUGCGCAACAUCCAGAAGGGCAUCAACUUCACCACCACUGCGCCUGAGACCCCUAUCCAGCCGUUUGGUGACUCCAGCGACUACGACAUCAGCCCCGAUGGUUCCAUGUACGCUUUCGUGAGCAAGGCCCCUCAACUCAACAAGGCCAACUACACCGCAUCAUACACCUAUGUUGGUGCUUUCGCGUCUUCCGACGCUCCCAUCGCCUUCAACGGCCCAGACUCCCUCGCGGCGGAGGCUGGCCACAAGGGUGCCUCUGGCCUCCCUUCCUUCUCCACCGACAGCUGCAAGCUCGCCUACGUGCAGCAGGAUGAGGACUACUACGAGUCGGACAGAUGGCAACUCUACACUGUCGACGUCGCUGUUCAAGGUACCGGUGUUGCUGUCAGCAACUGGAAGGCUCUGAGUGCCGGCUUUGACCGCUGGGUUCAGGGACCCAUCACCUGGGCUCACGACGACUCCUCCAUCUACGUCACUGCUGAUGACUACGCUCGCGUCAAGAUCUUCAACUUCCCUGUCGAUGCCGAUGAGAGCUUCGUCCCCGAGCCUAUGACCUCGAACACAUCCGUCUCGGCUUUCGCCCUCCUUCCUGAUGGUUCGCUGUUCGUUGCUGCUACCGCCAUCUGGACUCCCAGCGAGUGGUACAUCCUCGCCGACGGAGAGAAGAACACCCUCUUCGACGCGUCUCAGGUUGACCCCAACCUCGCUGGUCUCGGAUCCCACACUGUUUCUGAGAUCUUCUUCAAUGGUUCCAACCCUGAGCUCAAGCAGCAACUCCAGGCUUACGUUGUCAAGCCUACUUUCUGGCAGGAGAACGUAACUUACCCGCUCGCCUUCUACAUCCACGGUGGUCCUCAGGGUAACUGGGGUAACAGCUGGUCCAACCGCUGGAACCCUCAGGUCUGGGCUGACCAAGGCUACAUCAUUGUCGCCCCCAACCCAACUGGUUCCACCGGUUUCGGACAGUUCCUCACCGACUCCAUCCAGGGCCAAUGGGGUAGCUGGCCAUACCACGACUUGGUCAACGCCUGGAACUACGUCAACACCAGCAUGCCAUGGAUCGACACCAAGAACGGCAUCGCCGCCGGUGCUUCCUACGGUGGUUACAUGACCAACUGGAUCCAGGCCAACGACCUCGGCAACGAGUUCAAGUGCCUCGUCACCCACGACGGUAUCUCCAACACCGAGGGCGCAUGGGCCUCUGAGGAGCUCUGGUUCAUCCGCCACGACUACAACGGCAGCAUCUGGGACUCCAACGCGUACCGCGAGUGGAACCCCCAGAACCACAUUGCCAACUGGUCCACUCCUCAGUUCGUCAUCCACAACACUCUUGACUACCGUCUGCCCGAGAGCGACGGCCUGAGCUUGUUCAACAUCCUCCAGGCCCGCGGUAUCCCCUCCAGGUUCCUCAACUUCCCCGACGAGAACCACUGGGUGCUCAAGCAGGAGAACAGCUUGUUCUGGCACACCGAGAUCUUCAACUGGAUCAACCACUGGUCCAAGGGUGAGCCUUUGAGCGAUCUCCCCAUCGGUAACUAGAUGGUUGGAAGCGACGCUCCAGUAGCAUUGACGACAACGUUGAUGAAAACAUAUUGUUAGACGAUUAAUGAUAAUACAUUCAUAACAAGAUUCAUUUGUACAAAUGUGUCGGUGACCUAUGCUCGCUUUUCAUCAGCGCCCACCGUAACAUGAUCUCAUUGAGUGCGCCUAUUGAAAUCGGAUCCUAGUUCCG